AUGAGCUUGCUAUACAGCAAUAACAGUUGUGGAGCCCGAGACGUGGAAAGCGGCUGCUGUGCAGCCAUGGCCAGUGCCUGCAGCGUUGGAGCGAAAGAAGACAGCGUAAGCGUCAGCAGUGGGACUGGAAACCCUCCAAGUUCUUUCACAGAGGAAACACAAGGGUAUGAUGUGGAGUUUGAUCCACCCUUGGAAAGUAAAUACGAAUGUCCAAUCUGUUUGAUGGCUCUUCGGGAGGCAGUGCAGACACCAUGUGGACACCGUUUCUGCAAAGGCUGCAUUGUCAAAUCAAUAAGAGAUGCAGGUCACAAAUGUCCGGUAGACAACGAAAUUCUGCUUGAAAAUCAACUUUUUCCUGACAACUUUGCUAAACGGGAAAUACUGUCAUUAACGGUUAAGUGUCCCAACAAGGGCUGCACAAUGAAGAUGGAGCUGAGGCAUUUAGAGGACCACCAGUUGCAGUGUGAUUUUUCCACUGUGGAAUGCCCACAGUGCCAAGGAGCCUUCCAGAAGAACCAUCUGAAAGAGCACAUGACACAGGAGUGUCCGAGACGUCAAGUCUGUUGUCCAAACUGUGCCACAUCUAUGGCCUAUGAAGAUAAAGAGCUUCAUGACCAAACCUGCCCACUUGCGAAUGUAUUUUGUGAAUAUUGCAACACAGUGCUCAUCAGAGAGCAGAUGCCUAACCAUUAUGACAAUGACUGUCCUACUGCCCCAGUGCCAUGUUUUUACAGUGCCUUUGGCUGUCCUGAAAAGAUGCAAAGGAAUGAACUGGCACGACAUAUGCAGGAGUUCACUCAGGUUCACAUGAGAAUGAUGGCUCAGAGUUUUCAAAAUAUCAGUGUUACUGCUGCAAAUCCUGUACCCUUCAUCAACGGCCUUCCCUUUGAGCCUGCCCUUUUCUCACACGUGUCGCCUGCUGCGUAUGAUUGUAAUCCAGAAGUUGAAAACUUCAAAGAAACUAUUCAGCAGUUGGAAGGUCGUCUGGUAAGACAAGAUCACCAAAUUAGAGAACUCAUUGCUAAAAUGGAGACUCAGAACACUCACAUGGCAGAACUCAAACGUACUAUCCGAAAUUUGGAGGGAAAGAUUACUGAAAUGGAGGCACAGCAAUGUAACGGUAUUUAUAUCUGGAAGAUUGAGAACUUCAGUGGACUUCAGAAGGCCCAGGAAGAAGAGAGACCUGUUGUGAUGCACAGUCCUGGCUUCUAUACUGGAAAGCCUGGCUACAAGCUGUGUUUGCGCCUGCAUAUCCAAUUACCAAAUGCUCAGCGUUGUGCUAAUUUUAUAUCUCUGUUUGUCCACACUAUGCAGGGAGAAUAUGACAGCCAUCUGCCUUGGCCUUUCCAAGGCACUAUACGACUUUCUAUUUUGGAUCAAUCAGAAGGCCCUGAAAGGCAAAAUCAUGAAGAAGUAAUGGAAGCCAAGCCAGAGUUACUAGCCUUCCAGAGACCAACAAUUCACCGCAAUCCAAAAGGUUUUGGUUAUGUGACUUUCAUGCACCUGCAAACCUUGAAACAAAGAACCUUCGUAAAGGAUGACACCCUUCUGGUGCGCUGCGAAGUUCUAACGCGUCUAGAUUUAAACAGUCUCCGCAGAGAAGGAUUUCAGGCUCGCAGUACUGAUGGAACUGUGUAG